CCGUUGCGCUAGUUGAAUGAACAUUAAGCAGUCCCCCAGGUCGCGAAUAUCUGCACAUCCGACACACAAAAAGGGGCUUCUAAUUUUAGCAUUUUUAGUUCAGUUUUCACGUCGCCUUACCGCGCGUCUAGUUGCGAAUCGGUAAUGGAUUCGAUAAGUGCUGAAACGAGAAGCGAAAUCGCCGAGAAGCUGUGGAUGCGUAUGCCCCGGAUUAGUCCGGGACCGAUAACCAGCUUCGGCAUCGACGAUUUUAUCAGUCUCGUCAGACGCUAUCCCAUCAUUUACAAUCGGCUUGAUAAGCACAACAAGCAGGAGUAUGCCGAUACGUGGGAUCGGCUGGAAGCCAUACUGAAAACGCCGAAGAAAUUUUUGAUGAUGAAAUGGAAAGGAUUGCGGGACAAUUUUAGGGUGGAGUUGAAGAAGGAAUUCUACUCUCCGCCGGAUAAUCGCUAUGUGUCCAAGUGGGUGCACUAUAAGAAGAUGUCCUUCCUCAAGGAACAAGUUUUGCUUACAUUGGAUCAGAGAUCGGACAGUGAUAACAAUGAUGAAGUCAACAUUAUGCAGUUUGUGCAGAGCGUCACGCAGGAGGAACCUACGGAUGGGGAGAGACGGAACAGUGAAGAACAUGCCUACGCCAACAGCGACAUAGAUCCUCGUGAAUUCAUGGCCGUCAAAGAAGAACACGAGGCAUCCAACGAUGUGGAGUUUAGCUUCAAUCACUUCCACGAACCGGAAGAAAUUGUCAAAAGGUCGAAUAAACUUCCGGAAGUAACGAUCACCCCGACCAUAGCUACCGCCGCAACGAAUCGCCAACAGCCCUGCAUAUUGCCGGCGCGGGUAGUUCCAUCCCGGUCCUGUGGCGCUGCGUAUGACGACGAUUAUCACUUUCUGAUGAGCAUUCAUCCCUACUUGAAACAGUUACCUCUGCCGGUGAAACUGAAGGUGCGUCUCCAGAUGCAGCAGUUUUUGUUCAGCGAACUCAUGAAGCAACCGAUUGCCGAUGAAGAAGAUUGAAGCGCGAAGCGUGUCUUACUAUAUUUUUAAGUAAUUUGUUCAAUUGAAUUGAGCACUAUUGUAGCUUUGUUGAUCUCAUAAUUUGGAUAAAUAAAUGGUAUAAGAAUUCAAUCUUAGU